AUGGAUGUCAGCGACGGACACUUAGCGGGCUGCUAUGCCCCUCAAAAGCUCAAACAAAUGCUGUAUGGAUCCAAUGUGGUGGAACAAAAGCUGGUCUCAUGCCUCUCGGGCCCUUCUUCUCGGGCGUUCAUCGUCACGGGAAAUUCGUUGGCCACCAAGACACCGCUCAUCAGGAAAGUAGAAGACAUUUUAACGCCUCCACGCCACGCUGGUACGUUCAGUGGCAUUCAGCAGCACUCGCCUCAUGGUCCGUUGCAAGAAGCCCUGGCCAGGGUGCAAAAGGACCCAACGAUUGACACUCUCAUCAGCGUCGGAGGCGGAAGCCCGAUUGACGCAGCAAAGUCUAUCAUAUACCACAUCGGCACAGACAGUGGCAGAUGGCUCUCGCAUAUAGCAGUACCAACAACCCUGAGCGCGGCAGAAUGCACCGACAUUGGAGGGACGACGAUGAGUGAUGGCCUCAAAAAGGGCAUCCGCCACCCGGACGUCUAUCCGGCUUAUAUCUUAUAUGAUGCCACGUUUGCGCUGCACACCCCCCCUCACCUUCUCUUGACCACUGCAAUUCGAGCUUUGGAUCACGCUGUGGAAGUCCAGUACCACCCUUCGGCGACCUGGAUACCGUGCCAAGUCAUGGCUCUAAACGCGGUAGCAAAUUUUUUCCUAUUAUUACCGAAGUAUAAAGAGAACCCUAAAGAUGAAGAUACUAUCACACGCCUCUUUCUAUGUGCAUACGCAAGCCUAGGAUCUUUAGGACAGAAUUUCAAGGGUUCCGUCGGCUUGAGCCAUACAAUCGGCUAUUCUUUGGGAAGUCCGUACGGGAUCCCACAUGGAGUCACAAGUUGUAUGACGCUGGCUCGAGUCGUCAAAUUGAAGUCUUCAAUGAAUAGUGAAGGUGCGAGACGCAUAGCAGGUAUCCUACCAUUUAUCGGUGGCUUUCCAUCGGGGGAUCAUAGGAAAGAUGGUGAAGAAGUUGGCACGAGAAUCGGCCUAUUGAUCUCUGAUUUAGGUCUCGCAACUACGCUAACUGAGUGGAAGGUCAAUAAGGACCAAAUUGACGUUAUUUGUGAACGAGCGACUGGUGCUUGGAUGCCUGGAGAGGAAAAACUAGCAAGAAGAAAUGAGUUUGUACUAGCUGUAAGGGCUCUGAUAGAAGAUUUGUACUAG